AUGAUCUUAUAUUUUAGUGUAACAGGCUAUGCAUUACGUGAAAGUUUAAUCGCAAUUCAUCCAAAUGCUCGAUGGAAAUCGAAUGGACUCACUGUGGCUGGAGGAAAUGGUAAAGGCAAUGGCAUCAAUCAACUCUCAAUGCCAUCAGGUUUGUAUGUUGAUGAUGAGCAAACGAUCUAUGUGGCUGAUAGAGCCAAUCGUCGUAUUGUGGAAUGGAAAUUAGGUACAACGAGUGACCAAGUGGUUGCUGGUGGCAAUUGA